AUGGAACCUGUCGGGUGGGCGGUCGACACAGCAGGAUCUCGGCAUGACGGUCCGGCAACAGAGAGAGAGACGGAGAUAGAGAGCCAGCUGCCUGACGACGACUUUGCAUCUGUGCCUGGGACGGACGGAUCCCCGCAAGAUGAGGAACGAGGAGCAACAGGUGAAGCACACAGCAGUGGUCCGGGCGAGGCAAGCUCGCAUAACUCAGUGGACGAUCUGCUGCGACGAAUAGCACGAGAAGUAAGAGCUCGCCAAGCACGAUCAGACGACAACUCUAGAAGAGGCACGUCAGAGGACAGCCAUGGGGGUGACUGGAGACGGCACGUGAACAACUGCGGUAGCAGCCAACGGAAGUUGCACCAGAGGCGGGAGCACCGUCAUCCCUCUCACGAAGACUCUACCCGGACGUCACGAUGGGGCAAGACUUGUGAACGCGGAGCCUCUGCACAACCGAGAGGGGCGGGUGUGGGGAUGAGGGAGGCAGCCGUGCGAACAACAGCGGAGGUGUCUGCCGCAGAGGCGAAUCCUUUCGUGGAGAGCAUGUGGGAAGACGCUUCGUGCCGGCAAGUACUUCAGGCCAUGUUCUUCGCACAGGACAGUGCUAUUCCCGCCGGCUCGACCGAGGAGUACAAGGAGCUGGAAGAAUUCGUGCCGAAGUUUCUCGUCCGCCGCGAGAAAGGGAAGGCCGCCGCUGCAGCCAAGGCUACACCCAAGGACGGGGCAAGCACAGCAGCUGCCGCGGCGUUGCCCCCAACAAGAGAUGCUCCACAAGAUUCGUCCGUUUUCGAGUCGUCGGCCGGGACGGUGGCGGGGCCUUCGGCUCCGAAGCCGUUACCACCGGCACUCUCCGCCCUCCCGAAAUCGUUCCACAAGCGGUACCUGGUCAACUUCACCGUGCUCUCCCCCGAACAGCAACGGGCAGCUCGGGAAGCAAAGAAGCAGAGAGAGGCCGAGGAGGACGGCAUGCGCAACGGCCGGAGAGGUCGUCGCGGGGGCUUGAGAGACGUCUCGGCGGCGAGCUAUGACCCCGGUAAGGCGGCACUUCGGGAGCUGGCAAAGAGAGGGGUGCUGGAGAGGGAGGAGGUGAAGGCGAUGCUCAUGCCAGGCCCAAUGGCAGACUUCCGCGGCUCCGUGUUGCAAGCUUUCAUCGACUUCCGCAUGCGUCGGAGCCUGACGAAGGUGGUCAAGAUCCGACGAGAUCGCGCCUCGCUCCCUAUCGCAGCUUUUCAGGACGCCAUCGUCAGAGCGGUCGCCUCAAACCCGUGCGUCCUAGUGGCUGGAGACACCGGCUGCGGCAAGAGCACUCAGGUGCCGCAGUACUUGCUGCAAGCCGGGUACGGCAGGGUGGCCUGCACGCAGCCGAGGAGGAUUUCCGCCAUGGGCCUCUGCCGCAGGGUGUCCUACGAGACCCUCCACGAGCACGGCUCGGAGGUGGCGUAUCAGGUGAGGUUCGACUCUUCCAGGCGUCGGUCUUCCCGCAUCCUCUUCCUCACCGAAGGGCUGCUGCUGCGUCAGAUCGCCAGCGAUCCGAACCUGUCGUCCUACUCGGUUGUCAUCGUCGAUGAGGUUCACGAGCGACACGCUGGGUGCGACUUCUUGCUUGGGCUUCUUCGAGCAGUGCUCAGGAGGAGGCCGGACUUGAAAGUUGUUCUUAUGUCUGCCACCAUUAACCCCGAGCUGUUUUCGAGGUUCUUUGACGGCGCGCCUCUGAUUAGGGUUCCCGGAAGGAUGCACCCCGUGGAGGUUCGGUACGUGCCGACAGCAGCCGACAACGAUAUCCAGGAGGUGGUAUCCAGGCAUGACGGAGAGGGCCAGCGGAAGCUCCGAAGCCGAGGAGGCGGAGGAGGAGAAGGAAAGCGGGUCAUGUUUGAUGCUCGUCCGUUCGUCAAGCUUCUGGAGAGUAUUGACACGACAACACCGCGAGACGAAAGAGGGGACCUCUUGGUGUUCUUGUCCGGGAUGAGCGACAUGCUGGCCGUCACUGAAGGGGUUAGGGAGUACGUGGAAGCGAAGAGCCCGCGGCGCUGGGUGGUCCUGAUGCUGCACUCUAGCCUGUCGGUGGAAGAGCAAGACAAGGCGAGAGACUUUCUUGGGCUGCGCAAAGGCCGGGCGGGGAGGACGGGGCCCGGGGUCUGCUUCCGCCUCUACGCCCGCAGCACGUUCGACCGCCUCCCUCCCUUCGCCGAGCCCGAGAUCCGGCGCUGCCCUUUGGAGGGACUGGUCCUCCAGAUGAAGAGCCUGGGUCUGGACGACCCUCGAUUCUUCCCGUACCUGUCUCCCCCGCCACCGGAGAAUCUCAGAGCCGCGCUCGGGUCGCUCGCCCUUCUCGGCGCCACGGACCCUGCCUCCGCCGUGUCUGUGCCUGCUGCCGCUGCUGACGAGGCAGCAGCAGCAGCAGGAGCAGCAGCAGAAGCAAUCACGGAGGGUGCUGUAGCGGCCGGGUCCGAUCUUCGUGGUGGCGCCGGGCUGGGUGCUCCUCACGCGGAGCGCCUUCCUGCCGCCCCUGAGAGCAACGCCGAGCCUCGACGGCGGGAACAGGGGACUACCGCCGCCACCAUCACUCCCCCGACCUUCGACGAUGCCACCGCCCGCGCACCGCUGACCCCGCUCGGGCGAGUGCUGUCGAAACUACCGGUGGACCCGUCGGUGGGCAAGAUGCUGGCCCUGGGGGCGCUGUUCGGCGAGAGCGAGCACGUGUUGACGCUGGCGGCGGCACUCAGCACGCAGACACCCUUCGAUACCAGGGCGGCGUCGGCGGCUUCUGGGGCGAACCCGGUAGCGGAGUUUGCGUCUCCCCACGGUGAGAACGAAGGGCGGCGUGGGAUUGUCUCGUGAGUGCCGCUCAUUGUGGUGUGGUUUGCCGUUGUCUGCCUAUUGUUGUCAGACACUGCUGUACGCGGUCCGGUUGACUUUUGUUUUCGUCGGCUGUGUCGAUCGAAUGGUUGGGUUUCGUGGGUGCCAUUCUUUGCGGUGUGACAGUUUUUUUUAAUAUUUUUGUCAGAUUCUGCUGUGCGCGGUUUCUGUUGGCUUUUGUUUCGUCGGCUGUGUCGAUCGAAUGGUCGGGUACAGCAUUGUAAAAGGGGACCGCCAUGUAAUUCUGAAGCGGAGGAUUACAGCCACCCCAGUUGAUGUGGGGCACCCAAGUCCUGCGGGAUAUUACGCUCCGCACUUAACCACACACCCCUUGCACUAGAGAAAACCGUACCGCGUGACAGUGUGGAGAACACCUUCAUAAAGGUUGAAACUCCCCAACGUCUGUCGAGGACGAAACCCUCUUUACCACAAUGGCGUCGACAAGAGAUGUCAGGUGUCUGCUUUUGGUUGCAAAGGACACGGGUUCAAACCCGCUGCUCACCUAAUUUUCUUUCGGAGUACGGAAAAAGAAAAACGGUGGGUGGGCCAAGAAACGAUGCACUGUCUAUCGAACUCGAAACUUCUGCAAAUGCGUGGCGGAAGUGGCGCACCCGCAACACGCACAGAAGAUUGUUGAAAAAAAGGUGGUUCUACUCGCCGCCUCGCCUGCCGGUCGGGUGCCGGUUACCCCAAGAAGACUUCUCUUGCCUAGCAAACAAGAAGAAGCCUCG